ACAAAGGCAACAUCCAUCCAAUACAUAGGCGACUCAAACCGCUGCUAAUACGAACCUCUGCUCCAAAUUUGUACAUACCUCUCCAAAUAAUAUACAUCCAUACGCGUGGAUGAUGAAGGUGGAAAAAAGAGUCAAAAUAGUUUCAACAAAUGUCGCUCUCAAGACAAAGAAAAAACCAGCACCAACGGAUCCGGCAUGGCGAAAGUGGAAAGUGGAAAUAGUAUCGGAAGAUCAGCAGCCAUUAUCCAAUAUUGUCGAUCAUAUUGAAUACAUCUUGCACGAAUCUUUCGAAACCCCUCGCAUGGUACGCACAAGAGAACCGUACACACUGCAAGAGAAAGGAUGGGGCGCGUUUGAUCUAAGAAUUAUUUUCCACUUUGUCGAUAAUCUGGUAGCACCUCAAUUGAUGUGGUUUGAUCUCAACUUUGCUCAGGAAGCGUAUUCUGUGUCAGACACUUUGACGUUUGAGAGCCCACCAGAGGAAUUUCUGGCGUUGCUAAAUAUUACGUCAAAUGGGGUUAACUCUGGGAAUACAUCAAUAUCACAGCCAGCAACGAAAAGAAAGCGACAGGAUUCGAGUGAUGAAAGUAGCGUAGCAAGUAGUGAAGAUGCAAAACGAAGAUCGUCCAGCUCUUCAUCGGUGAUCGACUGGGAUAUGGCCAUCGCUUCACCACCUUCGGCUGCUGACAGCGACGGUGGCGAUGAAUAUCAGCCCAAGCGAGUUCUGGCAGGUAAAACCACCAAGAAAGUGCCCAAGAACAACAAGAAGCCGGUCAAGCAGGUUGUGGAAGACGAUGUAUAUACAGCUCAGGAUACUGUGUCCUUACACACCGUACACCGAAUGGUCGAUGUGUCCCCCGAAACUCGGAAGGAAUGGGGCGUUCCAGAGGACGUGGAUAUGUGCGAACUGGCGCGAGCGCUGACUAUGUUGGAUACCAACGAGCUACAAAAGUGCUAUAGCAUUCUUCAAAAGCGACAGUCAUUGGAAGAGCACGUGAAGGAUGAAUUUGUGUUUGAUCUUUACGCCGUGGGGCCGGAUGCACUCUCAAAAUUAUGGAUCCUGACCACCAAGCAUCGGCGAGCGUCAAGCUAACUGUCAAAAUUCAGGUCAAUGGGAUGUGGAGAAUUCAUUGGAUUUGGGACCAUCAACGUUGUGGCGAAAUAAGACGAGGCUGGGCUUUGACAG